AUGCAUUUAUCAUUACUUUAUACUCAGGUUCCUGAUCAUCAUGACAAUGAUCGACCUAUUUAUUAUGGAGAUUGCACGCCGGAGAUUCUUGUGGAUCCUGAAGAGAGAUGUAAUGCCUGCACAUCGUUUGGUAAUAUAAAUCAGCCAUGUUUAUUGUCAAAUGAUCACGAGAAUAGAACAAGCUAUAUCAGCACGCAAAUUCCAUUAAAAGAACGAGUAUAUGAACGCGUACGAAAUGCUUGUCUCCGUUCCUUGAGCUGUGAGAUAUCUGCACCGCAUAAAGGAACUUCAUCACCACUGAAACUUGCUGGCACUCCUGGUAAGUUUUUUCUUCAUAAAUGGUUUUCUCUUAUUCGUUUUUGUUGGUUAUUUGCUGGGCAUUAG